AGCAGACCUGUGCGAAACAAAAGCACUUCUCUCCCCACGUUUAACGCCUUCAAAGCACGUCUUAAAGCUGUCAAAGGAAACAAGGAGUUACUCGGCAGAGUCGCAGAUUACACAGGAUUACAGCAGCCCUUAGACAAAGUUGGGCUCUGUUGUCUUGGCUUUGGUGGCAAGAGCAGGAGUGGCUUGAUCCUAAAGCAGCUCUUCAGAUCAGAUUUCACCCAAACCAGCUGUGAGAAGGAGCUUUGCCUUUUCUCCCCUCUCUCCUUCUCUCCAUAUUGUAAGCGCGCUCCUGACAUCCAGAAAGAAAAAGGGGAGUGACGGAGAGAGUUCCCGAAGGAAUUUUCCUUCUCCUAGGCAAGAAUUGAAAAAGUCAUCAGAGUCUAGAGAACAGCGGCGAGGAUGGAUGAUCAGCCCCGGUUGAUGCACUCCUCUCACGGGGUGGGCAUGGCCGGACACCCCGGCCUGGCGCAGCAUAUGCAGGAUAGCACGGGAGGAGCGGACGGCGAGGGAAGAAAACAGGACAUUGGAGACAUAUUACAACAAAUCAUGACCAUAACCGACCAAAGUCUGGACGAGGCACAAGCCAGGAAACAUGCACUGAAUUGUCACAGAAUGAAGCCGGCUCUAUUCAACGUCCUUUGUGAAAUAAAAGAAAAAACAGUACUCAGUAUCCGUGGAGCUCAGGAGGAGGAGCCACCAGAUGCUCAACUCAUGCGAUUGGACAACAUGCUGCUAGCCGAAGGCGUGUCCGGACCUGAGAAAGGAGGCGGGUCGGCUGCAGCAGCAGCCGCAGCUGCCGCGGCAGGCGGUGGCGGGUCCGAUAACUCGGCCGAACACUCGGACUACCGGGCCAAGCUGUCCCAGAUCCGUCAAAUCUACCAUACAGAAUUGGAGAAGUAUGAGCAGGCGUGUAAUGAGUUCACCACCCAUGUGAUGAACCUGCUGAGGGAGCAGUCUCGCACUCGGCCCAUCUCCCCCAAAGAGAUCGAGCGCAUGGUGAACAUCAUCCAUCGCAAGUUCAGCACCAUCCAGAUGCAGCUCAAGCAGAGCACCUGCGAAGCGGUCAUGAUCCUGCGCUCCCGCUUCCUAGAUGCCAGACGAAAAAGAAGAAACUUCAAUAAGCAAGCCACAGAGUUCCUGAAUGAAUACUUCUACUCCCACCUCAGCAACCCGUACCCCAGCGAAGAGGCCAAGGAGGAGCUGGCAAAGAAAUGCUCCAUUACAGUCUCACAGGUAUCCAACUGGUUUGGAAACAAGAGAAUCAGAUACAAGAAAAAUAUUGGAAAAUUCCAAGAAGAAGCCAACAUGUACGCCGCCAGAACCGCCGUGACCGCAACCAACGUCUCCACCCACGGCAGCCAAGCCAACUCGCCUUCCACACCAAAUUCAGCAGGUUCUGCUGGCUCUUUUAACAUGAACUCCGGGGACUUGUUCAUGAGUGUGCAGUCUCUGAAUGGGGACUCGUAUCAGGGGGCCCAAGUCGGGGCCAACGUUCAGUCACAGGUGGAUACUCUUCGCCAUGUUAUCAGUCAGACAGGCGGAUACAGUGAAAGCCUCGCUGCCAGUCAGAUAUACAGUCCACAGGGCAUCAAUGCGAACGGAGGCUGGCAAGACGCCCCAACACCCUCCUCAGUGACCUCACCCACGGAAGGACCCGGAAGUGUCCAUUCUGACACCUCCAACUGAUCAGCACCAUCCAUCCGCGUGGGAUCUUCAGACUGCUCGCGCUAAAGAUCCAGCAAUCCACCCUCCUCAGAUUUGGAUUAACGUCCCACACGGUCACACACAAUCAUGCCAUACUACCGUGGAACAUUGGGAUAUUUUACAAGAUUUUAGAAAACAAUUAUGUGUUU